UCCAUAUGCCACAUUUAUAUAUAACCCAAUUCACUACUUAUUCAAAUCCACUAAUUCAUAUCUACCCCAACUCACUACUAUAUAUACCUAUUUAUCAAAAGGGAAUCUCAUCCACAUCCACUCGAUCGUACUUGCGUUUGCUCACCCUACCCUCUCCAACAUUUAUAUGCUUCCCUUCGUGUUUGUACUUUUGGAGAUGGUUUCAAGGCGUGUUUGGGUGGUCGCCGCCGCCGCCGCCGCGCUGAUGGUAAUGGCGAGAUUGUCGUCGUUUGCGGACGGGGAAAAGGCGGUGGCGUGCUAUUACAUCUUCGGAGACUCCUUGGCGGCCCGACAGUGGCAACAACAACAUGCUCCAAACCGUUGCCAAGGUCGACUACUCGCCUUAUGGGGUUGAUUACCCCCGCGGUCCAACCGGACGGUUCACCAACGGCCGCAACAUCGUCGAUUUCUUCGCUGAGUACUUGGGCUUUGAGUGUCCCAUCCCCCCAUUUGCAACCGCCACCGACAUCGACACUUUGACCGGCGUGAAUUAUGUGCGUCGGGCUCCGCCGGGAUCCUCCAACAAACAGGGGCGCAACGGGGCCAGCGAAUUCCCUUGGACGUACAAUUGGACAACCAUGGAGUCUCCGUUUCCGCGCUCGCCAAGAUCAUUGGCGCCGCCGCCGCCUCCUGCCACCUGGGCCAGUGCUUAUACACCCUCGGAGUCGGCAACAACGAUCUCCUCAACAAUUACUUCCGCCCCGAGUUUUAUCCCUCCAGCUGCACUUACACCGUCGAGCAGUUCGCCGCCCUGCUCGCCAACCGAUACGCGCAGCAGCUUCAGAGACUGUACGGGCUCGGGGCGAGGAAAAUCGGUGUGUUUGCGUUGGGCCAGAUUGGAUGCGUUCCUUUUGCGAUCCGUCGGUACGGUAACAACGGGUCGGCUUCUGGAUGCGCCGAGGCGCAAAACGACGCUGCCGCGCUAUUCAACGUCCGGCUGAAAUCGGCGAUUAAUCGUCUUCAGGCAAAACUCACCGAUGCCCAGUUCGUUUACAUCGUGUCUGGAUCCGACAUGUUAAUGAUGGUCAGGCAGAAAAAUUCGACUACCGUCAACGAGCUCAAGGCGUUGGAGGUGGUGAUUUGCGCUUGCUGCACCGUGGAGGCGAGCAGCGGACAAUGCAUCCCCGACAAAGCUCCGUGUCCUGACAGGUUGAGUUAUGUUUUCUGGGACUGGUUCCAUCCAACGGAGGCUCUGAAUUCGGUGACGGAGGCUUCGGCGUUCGAGGCGGUGCGACCAUUGGUCGCUCAUUCAUCAUCAGUUGGGGAAAGUAGUAUGCUUCGCCUGGCGGCUGCGGUUCAGGCGAUGUGAGCUGAUCAUGCGCAAGGUAAAAAAUAUAUAUGAUACCGAUUUUAAGC